AUGCUCGCUCAGCACUUUAAGAAUCAGUACGACCAGCUCGAGAAGUUUGGCGACGACAUCACCGAGGCCCAGCAGACCAAGGUCACCCAGGACAUGGUGGCCGGGGCUGUCGCGUACCACAUCGCCCGCGCUUGUGACGCCCACCAUGCCAAGAGCAGUAAGAUGGACGACAAGAAGGCCAAGGAGUUCUGCGAGUUUGACAACAAGGGCCUCGAGUGGCUCGACCAGAAGAUGAUCCAGGAUGUUGCCGCUGCCCUCGUCCAGGCCCAGCUUACGGCUCUGCUCUAG